AGAUGCAUUCGGCGAAAAUAUUGCGUGUGCGAGUGCGAUGCGCAACGCGACGCUUUUUAUUUUCUUUUGCAUUCAUUCACGCCAUUGUAUAUAUUCGCGAGCGGCGCGCAUUUUUUCGGCAUUGGGUGAUCAACCGUCUCAAACGAAGCAUCAACAAGAAAAGUGAAAUUCAAAUCAAACAAAACAAAAAACUAUUAAUAAUAUAAAAAUGUACUACGUGCUAGUUAUACUCCACUUUAAAAUCUAAAAACUUAAUCCAAAAUCAAAGAAAAAAACUUUUUGAAAGUGAAAACAAUAAGUGAUUAUUUAAAGUUGUUUAUUUAUAAAUAAAUAAUAUGGGUAUGAUAACGAGAAUUCGUGGUCGUCUUAGGGGAAGUGUUCACACCAUUCCGAAACUCGACAAGAAACUACGCGAUGAGAAAAUUGCAGAAACAGUCUGCCUACUGUCUGUGCUGUUCCUGCUGCCGUACUGCUCGCGGGGGCACGCUCCCCUCCUGCUCAGUCUCGGCGGCUGGUGUCUUGCCACCUACUCGUUUCUUGUCCUGCCGUUACUCAUUUCGGCCAAUUACAAGUAUCCUACAAGAUGGCUGCGCAAUUUCUUUUGUUCCAUACCAGGGCUGGUGCGCAAGUUUUCCGGUCCGGUGGUCAACGUCCUGUUGAAAAUCUACUCGCCGCUGGAUAAAUGCGAACGAAUGUUUAUGAAAAUGACUAAUUUAUCGAACAUGGCUGUACAAUUAGUGUUCUUCUUGAUGUGUGACCGCGUCCUCCUCUGCAGUCUCGGGGGUGUAAACUGCCCCCAGAAACGUGUCACAGGUCUCUACUCACUAAUGUUCUACAACGUUAUUGCCUACUGCGUGUCGUACAUCAAAGAAUUGAUAGAAAAAGAAGACUGGUCGCCGUAUAUUAACAUGUCGACGCAUAGUAAUGUCAAACACCUCGCAAUGUCUGCAACGAAAAUCGUCUUAGAAUGGACCAAAGCUGUGACAUUUAUUAUCACAGUCAUUUUUAUGUUGCUUGUAUUUAGUCUGGAGCAAGGACUUGAACAUUAUCAACCUUCUACGUUGUAUACAAUCACCACGUGGUCGUUUUACAUGGCAACCGAGCGAGUUUUCAACGAGUUAUUUCUCUCUGGAAUGAAAUUAUUGAAAAUUCAACGAUUUGAAGCAUUGGAACAUCUCUACGCACCUGUUAUCUUAAGAUAUUACACGAUUUCAAUGUCUAUUCUCAUGGGGGUGAUUAUUUUAAUGUACGGACAAAUGCGAUUUGCUUUGUUGUCUAUGUAUUUAACUGUUUUCAUGAGAGGUAAAGACAUGGCGUUGAAUUGUUUGAAGGAUUUGAGAAGCGAAGAAGCUGUUUUGAGUCAAUUCAGGAAAGCAAGCACGGAGGAGAUCGAAGAUUGUGAUGAUGUAUGCGCUGUUUGCUUGAGCGCCAUGGAGAGGGCGCGCAUAACUCCAUGUCAGCAUAUGUUCCACGCGGAAUGUCUACGUGAAUGUUUAAAUAACAGCGAUAUUUGCCCGAUUUGUAAAAGAGCGUUUACAUUUAUCCAUUGCACAUAAUAUUAUAUUAUGAGAAAAUGUUGUAAACUCAAAACACUCGUAAAACGGUUGAAAUUUUCUAUUUUUGCAUGUAAUGUUAAGCUUGUGUGCACGAAAUGGCCGCCAUACUUUAAAUCCCCAUGUAGAGUAAGUUAUGACUUUGAUUUUGAUGUUGUAAGGCUUUAAUUAUUUAUUUUCUUGAGGAUUUCAAUGUAAAUACCAACGAAUGACUGAAUAUUUAGUGAUAUACUACGAUAUUUUAUAUGAUGUAAUAGAUAGAUUACAAUUAAGGUUAGAAUUUGUAAUUGUAUUGUGUUUAUUUGGUUGUUUUAAGUGUCUUGAUCAGAUGUGAUGCAUUUUAUACUGAUAUUUUGUUUGCAUAAAGAAUGAAUAAACAAAAUACUCUCGAAUAAA